CGAUUCUGCCUUUGGCAUACUGCGUUCGACGUGAAAGACGUAAAAUAGCCCGGCGAUGUCUUCUACCACCGAUAAAUUAGAAACGGGAAAGCAGCACAAGGAGACGGGCGAUCAGGCCUUCAAGAAUAGGGACUAUAAAGCAGCAUUGACCGCAUAUUACAUGGCUUUAAUGUAUCUUCAAGGGCUCGACAAGAACGCCAUUCCUGGCAUGUCGGUCAAUCCUUCUCGAGAGGAAGCGGAAAAUUCUGACAAGAAACUAUCCGAGAUCGAUGAGAUUAUAAGCAAGAUUUAUGGCAACAUGUCGGCGUGCCACUUCUCUCAACAGAACUGGAAACGUACGAUCGAGACCGCAGACAAGGCGCUCGCAAAAAACGAGAAGAAUUAUAAAGCCCUCUUUCGAAAGGGGAAGGCAUUGGGUGAACAAGGAUAUAGCGAGAGAGCUAUCAGGGUUCUGGAAGACGUGAAGAAGAAGAACCCAGAAGACGGACCCAAAGCCGACGCCGAGAUCGCGCGUCUUAAUGCGAUAGAUAAAGCACGCGCCAAAGUCGAGCGACAAAAGUUGAAAGGCUUCUUGACACGAGAGCGAGAGCCAAAGUUGAAAUCAAAGUCGACGACGACGACAGACCCCGAGGAAGUGAUCGAAAGUAUCGUAUCCCCUGCCGUUGCGGGCUUGUCCUAACUAUAUUGUCUCCUUCCUUGGUCUUUCAUUCUGUUGUUCAUGUUCUGAUGUCGCAAAUGUAUUUUCAGCUCCCUGUUUUCAAAGAUCAUCAAUGUAUCACACGAACUACACAAGUGCAUAAUACAGUUAUAUUAUUAUGAAAAACUUCUCCUUUACUUCUGGAUCUG